GUAACUAUUACGCUAAUUGUGAACGUGUUAUAACUUUUACACCUAUCAACCUAUCAACCUAUCUGGUACAUAUAAGAAAAUAUAUACGUUUAAUUAAACUGUUUCAGGUUGAUGAACAAUACCAAGCAACUUCAUUGUCAAGCAAAUACUUGGGAUCUCGUCUGAAAAGCUUCAGGUAUUAUAAGCGGUUUUAUGCAUGCAAGUAUACUAACGGUUAUUCUCCGCGUGUCUAUGUCAAUGUCGCCACCAAUAUCUUACAUUAUCAUACAGUAUUAACUGCAUGCUUCAGACAUUUUAUCUACGCGAAAGUAAACUAACAGUAUACAUGUAUAUAUGUAUAUGUGGUCCUUGUAGACAGUUGCAUGGAUAGGCAGAAAAGUCGUAAUCACAUGCAUGUGGUUAAUACAAUAAAAUCAUUGUUUGGAAACUCGUGGAUGUCUGAGUAAUUACCUAAAAUUGUUGCGGAAAUUACUGGAACACUUUAGCAACUGUGACUUAUGGUUAUUGACUAAUGUACAUGUAUUACAGCAGCUACAAAUAGUUGCCCUUAUCGUUGUUCUUGUUCAUUAUAUGUGCGCAAUCCCGUUGGGCCUAUUCUGGGAUCUUAUAACUCGCUUAAAAUCUCCCAAAUUCGUAUCUCGGCGGGAGUUUAGGCGAUUUACCAUCCCAGAGUAUAGGCUUCCUAAUUUCCAGCAUGCUGUGUCUGUGUAUCGUAUUUUACGCUACUCAGCCAAUAGCAAUAUUUAAACCAACUAAUUGAUGAAAGCACAAAAUACUAGAUAACUGAAGAAAACAUUGCUAUACUGUUUGGGCUAGAAUACAAUUUUCCUAAAGGAUUCCUUUAGGAAAAUUGUAUUCUAGCCCAAACAGUAUAAUUGUAUUCUAGCCCAAACAGAGUUAAUUCCAUGAAUGGCAUAAACUGUAAACAUAAACUUAAACUUGAAACGUUAUUAACAACAGUGCACACCGAAAUUUGUAAAGUGAGGGGUUGAUCUUCCAAUAGGCCGUAUACACUAAUUAUAAACAUAUAACUAUUAUAAAUUCAAACUAAAUAUACUAUAUACAAGAGUUACGUAGCUAUGUUUGAUUUUAGUUUUAAAGCCAGAUAUAGGUGGAUUUUAACAAAUAGAUAACAAGUUUUAUAAAAAUGUUAGAAAUUUUCUACAAUCUAUAGUUUCACAACCAUUUAUUCAAGUUACUCGGUAAAUUGUUCAUACAUAUAUUUAUUGAAUGGAUUGACAUGUAAUCCGGCCGAGUAUUUUUCGAUUAUCGCACGGCAGGAUUAUAUACAUUAUGUCAUUCUACCUAGGAUUUUUAUUAACAAACCUCAAAAAUAGCUUUCUUUGCAUUAUUUCAAGGAUUUGUAAUCAUUAGGCCCUGCCAACGCCUAAUAUUUUUUUCAGAUAAAUAAAAACUAAAAUGAGAUUUGGGUGCGAUGAGAUUUUUAUAAUUUUAUAGUCGUGGAACUGGGACGAAUUCAGCAACAAUGGUUUCAUUAUAUAUCUACUUCCUGCCAACCUUAACACAAGUUGAUAUCAAUAAUGACAACCUUGGAAGAAAAUUCCGUGCUGAAUUGGUAUCUUCUACAGAAGGCGGCAUUCAAAAGUUGACAUUGAGGAAUAGAUAUGUUCUGGCGAGAAAUAGUCAGCCAACUCCAGCUGCAAAUGUCGGUAAGUCCAUAGAGAAAAUAGCAUAGUUACAAUAGUUCGGUCAAUCUCGAAAGAAUGCUGGAUUAGGGUGCUCCUAUUGAUCAAUGGUACAGAAAACUCUGCAAGAUUUGGAAGAAGAAUGUCAUUAUAGCAAAGAUCAUCUUACUCCUGUCUUAAUUACCUUAACCAGGAAGUCAUUUUUUCACCUCGCUUUGUUUGUUUGUGUACCUAUUUAUAAACUGGCAUAAUAAUCGAUCGUUUUUUUGCCUACUGAAAUGAAUUUACUGUUCAAUCAAUCUCUUACCCAGAGCCAUCGUUGGCUCUGUUGUAUGUGUAUCUUGUGUUAGAAAUCUUAAACGAUAUGUUCUGUCACAUUCACUGUAAUGUACUAUAUUUUGUAGCUGACGUGAAUGAGUGUUCAUCUUCAACUCGCUGUGGUUCUGGUCAACGUUGUGUUAACUACCCUGGAACAUAUCGCUGUUACUGUAACAGUCCUGCACAAAUGAUUACUGAGUCUGGUCAAUGUAUAAGUAAGAACACGAUUUAAUGAAUUUCAUUUUUUUAAUAAGUAUGAGGCACAAGUAGUCUCGAUUUUAGAGUAAAAGGUUACUGAAUUCCCUGGCAAGCUGACCCUGUUGAGAUUAAGCUAUAUAUCCCCCGAGAUGUUGGAUAAAUAGCACAACGCAAAGACUUACGCAGGCCUUUCUCAAGUGGACUCUUUUUGUAUCUAUGCGCAGCACAGAUAAAUUGCUAUUGCUUCAGUUUGUAGGUUAAACACUCAGGUCGCGUGCGCCUUAAAUACAUGCCUGCGAACAGGCAGCCUAAAAUAAAAACAAAAUGGCAGCCUGUAUUCUACAUUUUAUGUGUACGUCAGUUAAUAGUAGCCUAGAGAGUUUAAGCUUCGCGUUAUACAGAAAAAUACAUUUAUGUAAAUGUAUUCUUCGAAAGAAAAAUACAUUUACUUUACCUAAAUGUCGAACUGAUCGCUAUAAAAACAUUUUAUCCCUGCGAACAUUUUUAAGCUUAGCAAUUAAUCAUAUUCUGAUUUACACUGAAAUUUUUAACUUCUUUAAAUAUGUAAAUUAUGCAUGCAGUUGAGUAAUGUUUUAUACACCUAGCUAAUUAUUGUAAAAUUGUGUAAUUCAUCCUGCUGGUUGCAAGGCAAUUCUUAAAACGAUCUAUCUAUCUAUCUAUACGGUAUCAGGAAAUAAAGAGUAUAAAAUGAACUUGCUGUUUUAAAACUGCAAUGCUUGAUUAUUCUUUCGACAAAAGAAAGAAAAUAUGAAACGAAAACGUUUAACGAAAAUUUUGCGAAGAAUGUUUGAACCUGCCGUCUGCCGUCCCGGAAACGCGAAGCUUAAACUCCCUAUUACAUCGCUAUUAACAUCUGAAAUACAAUGAAAAUGUACUGUGACAAGGUGAGAGUUUUUUUUUUUUGUCUAACGGUUUGUAUAUGAUUUGAAAAAAAAAUAAUAAAAUGUUGUGAUCCAUAUAGAUUCCACCGUGAUCGAUCGUAUAUUAAUAGGGAGUUUAAGCUUCUCGUUUCCGACUUUAUGUAUCUGCAAAACGUUUUGCUAGUGAUGAAUACGUUGCUUUAUUUGUAUUCCUUGCUGGUCUUCAAUAUUUGUAACGAGCAUCAAACUCACCUCUUUUGUCCGGAUUUUAUCCUAGUGUAUUAUAUUUAACGUGUGUAGUUUUCUUUCAUCAAAUUGACAUUUCAUCGAAGUAUUUUUGACCAUCAAAGACAGUGUUUUAAAUUUGCAAUUAAAUUAUCAUUUGAAUUACAUUUGCAUUGAUAUAUUACUUCUAUUUUUAGAUGUUAUAACAUUUCAAGGAAUUUUAAUUAUCACCAAUCUCGGCACUUUUGAUCCAAACCUUCUCAUUAUCAACAGUAUUCCUUGGCUACAGCUUGCUUUAUCACUCGAAAGUGUGGUAAGUCUUACAAUUGUACAUGGAGGUGGGCAAUCUUUUGUCACGGGCAUUAUCGAACCUGAUAUUUUGUAAAAAAAUCAAUAAAUUUGGAUUGGCAAAGCAACCCUUACACGUCAUACGAGCAACAGAAAUGUGCGCACUUGUAUUGCACUUGUCGAGACAAAAACAAAUUAGACGAUUACCAAGCCGGUUAAUUUUACUGUUUUUACAUGUAGAACUAUAGAUAAAAUAGCUUUGUUCCUUUAGUCUAUUCCUUCUUGCUUUCUGAUACUUUUUUAUUUUAAAAGCUCAAAAGUUUUGUUUAUAUUUUGGCUAAAAAGCGAAGCGGGGGAAAAUACAGAAAGAACCAGUUGUUGCAACGGACCACAUGCAGUGCAUUACUGCGUCACAAUGCACGCGCAUUAGCCAAUCAAAUUGUCUGUUAUAUCCCACUUAUAAUGUGGCGUAAUAAUAUUGAUUUAUUUAAUCUCAAUUUCGAUGGGACGCUUGGAGAGAGCAAUUGAAGCUCCUUUGGUAAAAAGAGACCUCGAAUUUGCGAUGAAGAACGAGCAGUUCGAUUUCAUUUGAUUUGCCGUAGUCAGAAGGGAUAUGCUUGCUGCUUUGCCAGCUGGUUGUGGGAAAUCACUGAUUUAUUCAGACGUACAUGCUCUUGCUCUUGAUGUUGAACCGCGCCCGUUUUUCGAAAGACGAAAUUUUUCAUCAGACUAACAUCACUAAAAAUUCAGCAACUUACAGUAUAGCAACAUCAUCAAUACAUAUUUAAACUGCCUUUUCUUCCAACUUGUAAGCACUGAUUUAGUAACACUGAGUAUUUUGAUAAAGUACGAAAUAAUGGAUUUAUUUAUUAACAAACGUUUAAUUUAGAUGGUUAACAACAUUUCGACUAAUAUUUAGUCAUAAUUAACUCUAGUUACACAUAAGUUUAGGAAGAGGAAUUAAAUAAGAAAAAUAUAGUUUAUGCAAGAAUGGUUUACUGGAAUACUCAUCUUAUACAAAUGAGUACAAUUUGUUGUCUUCCUUGUCUUGGAUUUAACAUACCAUUGUUAAUGAACGCAUCUUUAUUGACGUUGCCAUCUAUCUGCAAAAUCUCAAGUUAAUUUUGCAAUGGAACUAUAUCGCUUUUGUUUUUACUUUUAAAGUUAUAAAGUCAUUUAAAGCAUUAAAAUUCAGGUCUCGUAGAUUUUGACGAUCUCCUAUUUUUACUUGGAUUGUAGAUUAACGCGGCUUAUGGAAGAAGCAACCUUGCCAGUAAUUACAGACGCUCUCAAGUUACAGGUUUUACGUAAGAUGAUACGUUAUUAUUUAAUUACUUUAUGAUUCUUUGGCCUUUGAAAUCUUUUAUUCAAAUAAAAUUAGCAUUUCAAAUUACAAACGUCAGUUGAAUAUUAUACACCAUCAUCAGUGCAUAAUACAUGGCGCAACUAACUGUUCUUAAAAAAUAUUCUCCACUUGUGGACCGUUAAAUGGUAAUGUGCGUAUGCUCUACCAUAUUCAAGACUUAUAAAGGGGCCAUGCUCAAGCUUUUUAAAGCUUCACAGAAUAGCAGCUCUUCCUGACGAAAUUCUUCAAAUGCGCUUUACGUCCAGUAUAUUACGCUUACCUAAUAAUUACAUACUUAGCCUAAACUAUUUUAUCUUUACAACAAUUGUGAUAUUACUUUCUUAACUGUGUUUAUCCUAACCCACCCUGUCAGCUUUCCCCGUGAGAGGAAACCGGAACACCCGAAGAAAACCCACGACUUUCUGUAAGGCGUUGACUGACUCUUUUCCUUAUUGAGAGUCGAACCCACGAACUCAGAGGUGAAAGGCGACUACGCCACUGAAGUCCCAUGUACAAUAUCAUUAUUUUACUUACAGGGAAGGAUCAGUGCGUGCAACAUACGUAGCUACAUUUGAUCCAGCAAGUAAUGAAACGGUUUCAAAUGUCCAAGCGGCCAUACAACCUCAACUUAACGCGACUAUUAAUGGAACUUUCCUUGGGCAAUAUCAACUAUCCGGAACCAGGCAGACUGCAGUACUGUAUCAAGGUUAGUCUACUCAUUUCGUAAGGAGAAACUGUCGUCCUAUAAGCAUAUAGAGCUAUUUCAAUUAAGCUUGUCAUAGUCAGUUGUAUUCCAAGCGCGAAUAGUAAGAUGAGUGUACCAAACUUUAAUGUUUUUAGCUAUUUAGGUAACCUAUGACCAUUAGCCUGCGUUCAGCCCCGACCCGAAUUUAUUAAAUAUCAAGUUAAGUCUGGGUAUCCGGAAAGCAAAGCUUGUGCAGUCACGCGGAUUUUCCCUUAGAGCCGGGGGACGUCUGUGAUUGGUCAAUUACUGAUAUGAUUAGUGAUAAUUUUUGCUAAAUGCGAAAUAAAAUAUGUUGAAUUCAAAUUUGUGCCGUCUCCCAAACGCAUUUUAUUUCAUAACACGCUUGUUUCACAAUAGGAAAGAAAUGCAACGUUUACGCACUUGUUAAACGAUGGCGUAACCUACCAUCGAACGCUUGUUAAUACUUUUGGCACUACCUACACUGGCACAAACAGUUCAAAAUUAAUAACCAUAAAUCCUUUUGUUUCGUAAGUCGCAAGGCCAUACGUGAUGAAUAGCACAUUUCCCCCUUUAAAAUAUAUUAUUCCAUAAUAUUUAAGGUGCUUAAAGACACAGUUCAGCUUUUGAACGAUGGCUUUUAAGCGCAUUUCAGCCUUUUUAAUUGAACUUAACUAACUAGGAAAAUCAAUUAUAUUUAAUGGACCAUUUGCAUUAUAGACUAAAUUUUGAUCUAAACAAGUCUAGACAAAAAUUUCAACACAGCUUGAAAGCGCAUCACAAAAUUAGUAAUAUUCCAAAGUUUCGUUGCGAAAUGUUGUAAAAUUCUGAUAAUAUAGCCUUGCGAAGUUUGCCGUUUUUCAGUCAUUUUCUAUUACAAACGGGAAAUUGACAGCCCCAAAGGGUAUUGGGCUGUCAAUUUCCCCCGCGUAAUGCAAAAUGACUGAAAAACGGCAAACUUCGCAAUGCUAUAUAUAUAUUAUCCGCAUUUUACAACAUUUCGCAACGACACUUUGGAAUAUUACUAAUUUUGUGAUGCUCUUUCAAGCUGUGAUGAAAUUUUUGUCUACACUUGUUGAGAUCAAAAUUUAGUCUAUAAUGCCAAUGGUCCAUUCAAGAUCGGUAAACUCAAUGUUUUUAACAAUAAAAAUGUUUUAAAAUGUUAAAAACAUUAAGUUUGCUGAUCUUGAAUCAUGCUUAACUGAUUUUCCUAGUUAGUUUUUUCCAUAGAUAUCUUAUAUACUAAAAGGGCUGAAAUGCGCCUUAAAACCAUCAUUCAAAAGGCUGAACAUUUCGCCUUUAAAUUGUACAUUUGAUUAUUGCUCGUGACAAUAGCUGUAUACUGGAUGAAACAGGCUGUAGGUGCAACUUCUAGGUUGGCAUGGGUGUCAGAUGUUUAUAUCUACAAUAAGGCGGUUACCUCUAUAAAUGGGCUAUAACUGCAGACUUGGUUCAGAAGGCAAAUUUUAUAUUCCCUGUAAUUACAAAAUUGGCUUUUUUGAGGGUUGAUUUCUAAAAUGUCCCAGGCCUCCCCCCUAGUUCACAAGCUGCUCGCAAUGUAGGCUGGGAUGACUGAUAAUUAGUUUUGCCCGCAGGCAAGGUGGACGGGAAAACAUUUCAAGAUUUAUUAUGAUGUAACCUGCAAAAAUGUAAUGAUAUUUGAUUCCCAAAUAGAUUAUGAUGAAUGUAAUCCUGCAUCAAACAUUCAUGUUCAAGACUGUGGUACAGGAGCAACAUGUACUAAUGAAAUAGGAACAUAUUCGUGUCAAUGUGCUACUGGUUAUACAGGAACUCCGCCUAGUUGCACAGGUAUGUAUAUAAGAAUAUAAGAUGCAAGAUGAGAAGAUGUCAGAUAUCACAUAUGUGAUGAGAUGUGAAAUUAAUCGUUAUUGUUUAAACUAAAUGGCGAGUAAUAUUUCUCAAAGGUUUUAAACAAUAUAGAACAAAACACAUCUUGACAUAUAGUAUCAUGAAAUCACAGAUAUGCAUGGUAAUUACAAGCCGUGAAUGAAUUCAAGAUGACAAUGCCUAGUUAUGUCAUAAAAUCAAAACAUCGGAAACUUAAUGUUUUCGUCUCCGAUUGUAUUUUGUUUUUAUAUUUGUUUCUAACUAAGUAGAUUAUAUGUAGUCGGAUCGCUAGGCUAUUUUUACAAAAAUAAACUAAAUGGAUGUCCGUUUCUUUUUCUUCUACAGCUGUCACAGUCUACCCGCCGUUGUAUUUCGGUAUGUUGUGUUUAUCUCUGUUAUGUAUUACAAUUAUCUUUUAGUCAUAUUGUUCGGUGAUAAAUAAACAAUACCCGCCGACCAUUUAAUAAAAUUAGCUAAUGCAGUUAUUGUAACUGCAAGAGCUCGAGUUUUUAAUUAACUACUUCAUAAAAACGAAACGAAAUCCACAGAUUAGCAUCUUGAAGCCAUCAUCAUAUCAGUCAUAGCCCAAGAUAUUAAGCUGAUUUGACUCAUUUUUAAGAUUCAAACUGCCAACACAUUGUGUUUCGUGUAGAUUUUUUCACUUAGUAUAUUGGUUACUGCAUACACCAUUAUCGCUUAAUAUUGGUUACUGCACCAUGAGUCUUCUGCUAUUUGUUGGAGGAAUUGGUGACGUUUGUGACACCGAAAUACCUCCAAAAAUACCCCGUGGAGUAAUAUAACUAAAUCUGUAUGGAAAUAAAACUGACUAAAAGUAAGCGCAAACUGACUGCAAGAAAGCGCAAAUACCAUUUCUAUUUAUGGAAAGCAACAUAUCUUAGCCAUACCUCGCGCAUGCGAGACUGUCUUCAAACGUUGCACCUUUCCUGGGAUCUCUGAGUUAAGAUUUCUCGCUAAAGUUUUGUUGUGUAUUUUAGUGAAUGACGAGGAUGCGGAUCUGGUGAAAUGGCUCAUUGUCGGUGUCGUAGUUUAUCUUGGCAUUUGCUUCCUUGCCACUUUCUUCAUU